GACCACGUCGCAUCCUACUAUUUAUCUGAUGGACGUUCUGACGAGCUCUAUGCAAAAAUGCAUAAUUUGUGUGGAGUUAUGUUUGCGUCUAUUCCGAAUUUUCAAGAUUUUUAUUCAGAGGAUAUUGAAAAUGGAAAAGCAUGUAUUCGAAUUUUAAAUGAAAUCAUUUGUGACUUUGAUUCAUUGAUGGAUGAACCGCAAUUCUCAACAGUGGAAAAAAUUAAAACGGUGGGCGCAACGUAUAUGGCAGCGGCUGGCCUGAACCCAAAACAUCAAUUGGAAAAAGGCGGAAAAGAGGAGGAUUGUGUUUGUGAUUUAGUAGAAUUCGCAAUGACUCUUUGUCAGAAACUUCAGGAAGUGAAUAAGGAUGCAUUUAACACAUUUCAAUUGCGAGUUGGCAUAAGUAGCGGAUCGUUAGUAAGCGGCGUUAUUGGUGCUCGUAAGCCCGUUUACGAUAUAUGGGGGAAUACGGUUAACGUAGCAUCUAGAAUGGAUUCAACGGGGGAGAAUUGGAAAAUUCAAGUACCUGAUUAUACCGCACAAAUGCUUAUAUCAAAAGGAUAUACUUGCGUUGGCAAGUACGAAGUACCCACCCACAAAUGGGAUUUUUUCAUAUCGCCACUAGCCUGGAAAGAUCAACUGAAGUCAACACUGGCCAAGAACUUCAAGAUGAAAGACUUGGGCACUGCAUCGAAUGUGUUGGGCAUACACAUUGACUACGAUUAUCGAAACGGUGUAAUCAAAUUGGAUCAACGAAAAUACACCGAGGCAAUUCUACGCAGAUUCAACAUGUGUGAUUGCGACACAGUCAAAUUGCCGAAAAGCCCAAGUGAGAGACUCACGAAAGAUAUGUCACCGACAACUGAAGAUGAAAUUCGCAAGAUGAGCAAUGUUCCCUACCAGGAAGCAGUGGGAAGUAUUUUGUGCUUGCAACAAUAUACACGGCCUGACAUUUCAUUCUGUGUCGCUGUAGUGAGCCAAUUCAACCAACAACCAG